AUGAGGCACAGUGCGUCUGCGUUUGGAUUCGCGUUUGACGCCAUCUUGGACGUCCUCUCCUCCGUCAUCGUCCUGUGGCGCUACAGCAACGCCGCCGCCGUGCACUCCGCUCACCGGGAAUACAUCACAUACACCCGCCGAGAGCACUCGGAGAGCACAUACACCCGCCGAGAGCACUCGGAGAGCACAUACACCCGCCGAGAGCACUCGGAGAGCACAUACACCCGCCGAGAGCACUCGGAGAGCACAUACACCCGCCGAGAGCACUCGGAGAGCACAUACACCCGCCGAGAGCACUCGGAGAGCACAUACACCCGCCGAGAGCACUCGGAGAGCACAUACACCCGCCGAGAGCACUCGGAGAGCACAUACACCCGCCGAGAGCACUCGGAGAGCACAUACACCCGCCGAGAGCACUCGGAGAGCACAUACACCCGCCGAGACCACUCGGAGAGCACAUACACCCGCCGAGACCACUCGGAGAGCACAUACCCCGCCGAAACCAUAGAGGACACAGACCAGAGGACACAGACCAGAGGACACAGACCAGAGGACACAGACCAGAGGACACACACAGAGGACACAGACCAGAGGACACAGACCAGAGGACACAGACCAGAGGACACAGACCAGAGGACACAGACCAGAGGACACAGACAGAGGACACAGACAGAGGACACAGACCAGAGGACACAGACCAGAGGACACAGACCAGAGGACACAGACCAGAGGACACAGACAGAGGACACAGACCAGAGGACACAGACCAGAGGACACAGACAGAGGACACAGACAGAGGACACAGACCAGAGGACACACACAGAGGACACAGACCAGAGGACACAGACAGAGGACACAGACCAGAGGACACACACAGAGGACACAGACAGAGGACACAGACCAGAGGACACAGACCAGAGGACACAGACAGAGGACACAGACAGAGGACACAGACCAGAGGACACACACAGAGGACACAGACCAGAGGACACAGACCAGAGGACACAGACCAGAGGACACAGACCAGAGGACACGGACCAGAGGACACAGACCAGAGGACACAGACCAGAGGACACAGACCAGAGGACACAGACCAGAGGACACAGACCAGAGGACACACACAGAGGACACACACAGAGGACACAGACCAGAGGACACAGACCAGAGGACACAGACCAGAGGACACACACAGAGGACACACACAGAGGACACAGACCAGAGGACACAGACAGAGGACACACACAGAGGACACAGACCAGAGGACACAGACCAGAGGACACAGACAGAGGACACAGACCAGAGGACACAGACAGAGGACACACACAGAGGACACAGACCAGAGGACACAGACCAGAGGGCACAGACCAGAGGACACAGACCAGAGGACACAGACCAGAGGACACAGACCAGAGGACACAGACAGAGGACACAGACCAGAGGACACAGACCAGAGGACACAGACCAGAGGACACAGACCAGAGGACACAGACCAGAGGACACAGACCAGAGGACACAGACCAGAGGACACAGACCAGAGGGCACAGACAGAGGACACAGACCAGAGGACACAGACAGAGGACACACACAGAGGACACAGACCAGAGGGCACAGACCAGAGGACACAGACCAGAGGGCACAGACCAGAGGACACAGACCAGAGGGCACAGACCAGAGGACACAGACCAGAGGGCACAGACCAGAGGGCACAGACCAGAGGGCACAGACCAGAGGACACAGACCAGAGGAGGGAGAAAUGUCUUAACUUAG